CCCAACGCCUUUGCUCACUGCUUACGUUGUACGGAGAGCGGCACACAAAUCAAUAAGAUAGGAUACCGUCAUCUUCCUAACUCACGAACGGUGAGAUGAGCAUGAAUUACCUUUUCAUAUCACAUACACAUAUGUGUUGGUAUAUCUAUACAUUUUUAGUUUCAGCUCCGAGGAUUCAAGAACCAUAGCAGCUCUCUGAAAUUGGAUAUUAUUGAAAUUGGGUUCAUCUCUCACUCUCUGAACUUGACAAUAUAUGGCUUCCUUUGCUACUGCUGAAGCUUGUGAUACAAAUGCUGCACUUCUGGCAAGUGGUGAUGUGCGUGUCCUGCAACCUAUCUUCCAGAUGUAUGGGCAGCGUCGAGCGUUCUCGGGGCCCAUCGUCACCCUUAAGGUAUUUGAGGACAACGUUAUUGUUAGGGAGCUACUUGAAACCAAAGGUGAAGGCAGAAUUCUAGUUAUAGAUGGUGGAGGGAGCAUGAGAUGUGCCUUGUUAGGAGGGAAUAUGGGACAGUUGGCCCAGAAUAUGGGGUGGGCUGGUGUUGUGGUCAAUGGCUGCAUUAGAGAUGUAGAUGAGAUUAACGGCUGUGAUAUCGGGGUUAGAGCUUUGGCAUCCCAUCCCCAGAAAUCGAACAAAAGAGGCAUUGGCGAAAAGCACGUUCCCAUCAAUGUUGGAGGAACCUUCAUAUACGAAGGGGAAUGGUUGUACGCAGAUAGUGAUGGCAUUCUGGUUUCAAAAACCGAGCUGUCUAUUUGAACCAGCAAUUAAACCAUAGCUGUUAAGAGUUCAAUUCAAUCUAUCGAGUAAUAGUAGCAUGGUCAAUAUGCGUAUUGAACAAGUGAAAUGUAAUUGGGAAAUUUGCUCCCUUUUGUUAGUGAUUGCAGGUGUUAAACAUCGGUUUACAGCUCAAAAAUUUUAAAUUAAUGCUUUGUAUUUUUCUCCUA